AUGGCAGUUCCGGUUUGUGGGAGUGACGGUGGUAGUGGCGGCUGGGCUAUCUGUGGCACAUUGAAUUACUGGGUAUUCGACCUGAUUUGCAUUCGUUUGGUAUUCUUGCUAAUUGCUACUGCCAUUGUUAAACUGAAGCACCUUCAACCACAUUCCAUCAUUAUCUCUCUCUUCGCCCACCUCCAUUUUUGGGGUAUUCGACCCGAUAGGCAUUCAUUGGGUAUUCUUGCCAAUUCUUACUGCCAUUUGGGUCGUAUCGAUUUCGGGUUUUCUCUCCUUGGUAAACAAAUUAAAGUCGGGUAUCCGCCCGAUUGUGUUACCCUUACCACCUUAAUCAAUGGCUAUAUCAAUAAUGAUAAGCUCCCACUAGCUGCUCAAUUGUUGGAUAAAAUUGUCGGGUUAGGUUUCGAACCGGACAUUGUUACCUAUGGUGCUAUGUUCAAAGGGCUUUGUAGGAUCGGCGACAAUGCCGGUGCUCUUGAUUUGCUUGAGAGAAUGCAGUCUGGAGGGCGUUGUAUGCCGAACCUUAAAGGGAUAGCACCAAAUGCUGUAACCUAUAACACUCUUAUUGAUGGCUUGUGUAAAACCAAUAGACUUACACUUGCACGCCAGUUGUUCACAGAUAUGCAAGCUCACGGAGUUACUCCUGAUGUUGUUACGUAUAAUUCAUUGCUUGAUGGCCUAUGUAAAAGUAAACAGCUUGAUGAGGCAGUGGCCUUACUUGAAGAUAUGGAGGAUAAAGGUAUUAGGCCUGAUAUUGUCACUUACAAUAUCCUAAUGGACAGCUUGUGUGAGGCUGGGCAACUUGAAGAUGCAGCAAAAUUCUUCUCCGAUCUUGUGUCAAAGGGUCUGCAGCCUAGGAUUAGGACAUACAAUAUAUUAGUUAAAGGCUUUUGCAAGAAGGGAUUAAUGAAAGAAGCUGAUGAAGUGUUGAGGAAAAUGGAGGAAGAUAGUUGUUUACCAAAUGCUAUCACCUAUAAUAUGGUCAUCAGAGGAUAUAUUCUCAGUAAUGACUUCACAAAAGCCUUAUACUAUCAUGAUCUUAUGCUAAGCAAGGGGUUUGAAGCUAAUGCAGACACUUUCACAUUAUUUAUUGACCUCUUAUCUUCUGAUAAAGUAGUCGUUCCUCCAUUGUCUUCAAUCACAAGAUGGCCUGAGGAGUUGGGUAGGGCCUUAGACAAACGGCAUUCGUGGGGUAUGCUUGCCAAUUCUUACUCCCAUUUGGGUCGCAUUGAUUUCGGGUUUUCUCUUCUGCGUAAAAGCCUUAAGCUUGGUUAUCCUCCUGAUCAUAUUUUCUUUGCGUCCUCUUCCUUCUAUCGUUGUUUGAACUGGGAUUGCAACAUGGAUAAAAAGGAGGGAAUGCAAGCAACUGGGAUAAGCAACAGUCCAUAUUAUGGCUCAAUGUGUGCUUGA